CAUAACAAAACCUAUAGGACACAAAACUAGUCGCUAAUAUUUUUCAAUUUUAUUAAAGUUGUCUGUACAGUUUUGAUCAGCAAAUUUGCCGGUAACUUACUCUUGAGUUUAAAUAAAACGAAAAAAUCAUUCAGCAAUGCGAAUAACCAGUGUAUUUAACAAAAUUGGCGAUGUGUCAAAAAAGUUCUCUAACCUGCCCGACUCGUAUAUAAAACGAAGCAUGGAGCAAGUUUAUUGGAAAACUCCCCGAGGGAAACCGCAAUACCUGCCACGAACGAUCGAACGCAAAAGGUUUCGCUUCACAACGAAUCGCCCGUGGACGGGUCAAUUCCGGCAGCAAAAUAUGCCGGGCACCAUCCGUAAAAAGGUGUUCAUCGAACCGAUAGCGAACUGGUCAUUUUUCAAAGGCGAUCGCGUCGAGGUGCUGGUCGGAAAAGACAAAGGCAAACAAGGCAUCGUCAGUCAAGUCUUCCAGGAGCGUAACUGGGUAAUUGUUGGUGGUUUAAACUGUCACCUCCGCAAGGUGGCCGACGAGAAGGACUACCCCGGUAUAAUGAUCAAAUCGGAAGCUCCAUUGUUGGUCACGAAUCAGGUGCGCCUGGUGGAUCCAUCGGAUCUGCAGGGUACCGAAAUCGAGUGGCGCUUCACGGAGGAUGGAGAGAAGGUGCGUGUAUCGACCCGAACCGGACGCAUCAUUCCGAUGCCGAAAAGCAACGAGGAAACGCAUGACUAUAAAGCGCGGGCUGUGUAUGUGGAGCGACCGAAGGAUACACCGGCGGACGUUGUGAAGGAGAUAACAUUCUCGCCGUCACUGCAAACGUUCGAGAUGGAUAUCAUGAAGGAGAUGGGUCUCGAAGAGGACAGGAUACCGACGAAAACGUACUGGUACUAGUCGGUUGGUUGUAGUAAUUAUAGGUCAAAUAUAUAAU